GGUAGUAGUGGUUACCCGCCCCCCACGCUAUCUUGUAGACACAUUUUUGUCUUGCUUGGCAAGCUAACCAGACCUUUUCCCUCAAUGCUCAUCACCACAUUGCAAUCAGAUAUAGCUAGCUGACGUUACAUGUGGUUCUGUAAUUUCAAACUAUCUUAGCUAUGUUGAUGGUUUGCUAAGCAAGUUUAUAUUUUGGGCACAUUUGGAAUACAAUGCCAUCUUCGAUGGAAGGAUCUUCUAGAGAAGGUGACCUGUUUACUGUGAAACAUGAGCUGAAAAAUGCCAACCUGACUGGCCACAUAGAGAGGGUGGGCAUCGAGAACUUUGAGCUGCUAAAGGUGCUGGGAACUGGAGCCUAUGGCAAGGUUUUCCUGGUGCGCAAAGUGAGCGGUCACAAUGCAGGGCAACUAUACGCCAUGAAGGUGUUGAAGAAGGCCACAAUAAUACAGAAGGCCAAGACAGCAGAGCACACACGCACAGAGAGACAGGUUCUGGAACACAUCAGACAGUCACCGUUCCUCGUCACCCUCCACUACGCCUUCCAGACGGACACCAAGCUGCACCUCAUACUAGAUUAUGUGAACGGUGGGGAGCUCUUCACACACCUGGUGCAGAGGGUUCGGUUCAAGGAGCAGGAGGUAGCCUUGUACAGUGGAGAGAUAGUGCUGGCACUGGAGCAUCUACACCAGCUGGGGAUAGUCUACAGAGACCUGAAGCUGGAGAACAUCCUCAUGGACUCCAGCGGGCACAUAGUGCUCACAGACUUUGGCCUGAGCAAAGAGUUUGACGAGUUGGAGAGGGCUUACUCUGUCUGUGGCACCAUUGAGUACAUGGCCCCAGAGAUCGCAGAGGGAGGAGAGGCUGGACAUGACAUGGCAGUAGACUGGUGGAGCCUUGGGGUAUUGAUGUAUGAACUUAUGACAGGCGGAUCACCAUUCACCGUCGAUGGAGACGAGAACUCUCACACAGAUAUCGCCAAGAGGAUCUCAAAGAAGGACCCUCCGUUCCCUAAAGACAUGGGCCCUCUGGCCAAAGACCUCAUCCAGGGCCUCCUCAUCAAAGACCCAAAGAAGAGACUGGGCUCUGGGCCUGACGGAGCAGAAAACGUUAAGAAACAUCCAUUCUACCAGAAGAUUAACUGGGAGGACUUAGCGGCUAAGAGGGUGCCCGCCCCGUUCAAGCCGGUGAUCAGGGAUGAGCUAGAUGUCAGCAACUUUGCGGAGGAGUUCACUGAAAUGGACCCCACCUACUCCCCUGCAGCUCUGCCUCAGAACUGUGACCGCAUCUUUCAGGGCUACUCGUUCAUGGCCCCCUCCAUCCUGUUCAAGUGGAACGCUGUAAUGGACGACACACUACAGCUGUGUGGAGGAUCAGGGUCACAGAGGCCGGGGUCUGCUGCCGUGGCCCGCAGCGCCAUGAUGAAGGACUCUCCGUUCUAUAUGAACUAUGAGAUGAACCUGAAGGACAAUGCUCUGGGCGAGGGCAGCUUCUCCAUCUGUAGGCAGUGCACCCACAAGAAGACUGGCCAGAAGUACGCUGUGAAAAUCGUCAGCAAGAGGAUGGAGGCCCAGACACAGAAAGAGAUUGCAGCUCUGAAACUCUGCGACGGCCACCCCAACAUCGUCAAGACUCAUGAGGUAUACCAUGACCAGCUGCAUACGUACCUGGUGUUGGAGCUGCUGCUCGGUGGAGAGCUGCUGGAGAGGAUCCGGAGGAAGAGGCACUUCAGUGAGACGGAGGCCAGCCGCAUCAUGAGGAGACUGGUGUCAGCCGUCAGCCACAUGCACGAUGUGGGAGUGGUGCACAGGGACCUCAAGCCAGAGAACUUGCUGUUCACAGAUGAGAGCGAGAACUCGGAGAUAAAGAUCAUAGACUUUGGGUUCGCCCGGCUGAAGCCCCCCGACAACCAGCUGCUGAAGACGCCGUGUUUCACCCUGGCCUACGCCGCGCCGGAGAUCCUCAAAUACGACGGCUACGACGAGUCAUGUGACCUCUGGAGCCUGGGCGUCAUCCUGUACACCAUGCUGUCGGGCCAGGUGCCGUUCCAGUGUCAGGGGAAGAGUUUGACCCACACCAGUGCUGAAGAGAUCAUGAAGAAGAUUAAACAGGGAGACUUCUCCUUCGAGGGCGAGGCCUGGAGGAGUGUCUCGCAGCAGGCCAAGGACCUUAUACAAGAGCUGCUGACAGUGGACCCUGACAAGCGGAUCAAGAUGUGUGGUCUGAGGUACAACGCCUGGCUCCAGACGACAGCCAGCUCUCCCAACCCUCUGAUGACACCAGACAUCCUGGGCUCCUCCACCACCGUGUCCGUACACACCUGCAAGGCUACCUUCAACGCGUUCAACAAGUGUAAGCGGGAGGGUUUCCGUCUGCAGACGGUGGACAAGGCCCCGCGCAAGAGGAGGAAGAUGAAGAAGACCAGCACCGCACAGAGACCAGGAGCAGCUCCGGGUGAGAGUACCCACUCCUCUUCCCUCCUCUCCCAGUCCCACCAGGACACCACUCUCUUCCUC